CGGGGCUGAGCCAUAAAAGCGCCGGGAGCCGGCGGGGCCGCGGCUCCAGUUGGCGGCAGCCGUGCCGGGCACCCGUGGGGUGGGCAGCGCGGCCGCCGCUCCGCAGCGCAGGGACCGCCGCCGGCCACCCCCAAGAUGCUGUUUUGGCACACGCAGCCGGAGCAUUACAACCAGCACUCGACCGGCAGCUACCUGCGAGAUGUCCUUGCACUGCCGAUCUUCAAGCAGGAAGAGCCGCAGCUGUCUCCUGAGAACGAUGCCAAACUGCCACCCUUUCAGUAUGUCCUCUGCACAGCCACCUCCCCCGCCGUGAAACUGCACGAGGAAACUCUGACCUACCUCAACCAAGGUCAGUCUUAUGAAAUCCGUCUACUUGAGAAUAGGAAAUUGGGAGAGUUUCAAGAUUUAAACACAAAAUAUGUAAAGAGUAUAAUUCGUGUAGUUUUCCACGACCGCCGCCUGCAGUACACAGAGCAUCAGCAGCUCGAGGGCUGGAGGUGGAGUCGGCCUGGGGACCGCAUCCUUGAUAUAGAUAUCCCGCUGUCAGUUGGUAUCUUGGAUCCCAGGGCUAGCCCAACCCAGUUGAACACUGUUGAAUUUCUCUGGGAUCCGUCAAAGAGGGCUUCAGCAUUCAUUCAGGUACAUUGCAUCAGCACAGAGUUUACUCCACGGAAACAUGGAGGAGAAAAAGGGGUGCCCUUCCGGGUGCAAAUCGACACCUUUAAGCAGAAUGAAAAUGGUGAAUACACAGAACACUUGCAUUCUGCAAGCUGCCAGAUCAAAGUGUUCAAGCCUAAAGGAGCAGACAGAAAACAGAAGACUGACAGGGAAAAAAUGGAAAAGAAGACCACCCAAGAGAAGGAGAAGUAUCAGCCUUCCUAUGAGACAACUAUUCUCACAGAGUGCUCUCCCUGGCCAGAUGUGCCUUAUCAAAUGAACAAUGCUCCAUCUCCAAGCUACAACAGUUCUCCCAACAGCUUCAACCUCGGAGAUGGCAACAGUUCUCCAACCCACCAAAUGGAGCUCCUGCCUCCCAGCAAUGAUCAUCUCCUUCCUUCUGCUUCUAUUCAAGAUGCCCAGCAGUGGCUUCAUCGUAAUAGGUUCUCUCCAUUCUGUAGACUCUUCUCAAGUUUUUCGGGUGCCGACUUACUGAAGAUGUCCAAAGAAGAUUUUGUUCAAAUCUGUGGGCCUGCUGAUGGAAUUCGGCUCUUUAAUGCAAUUAAAGGAAGAAAUGUGAGGCCCAAGAUGACAAUUUAUGUCUGUCAAGAACCAGAGCAAAACAGGUCCCAUCUCCACCAAAAACGAGAAAAUGGAGAUGGCAGUCUUUGUGUGUAUCAUGCAAUCUUCUUAGAGGAGCUGACCACGCUGGAGCUGCUGGAGAAGAUUGCAAACCUGUACAGCAUUUCUCCACAGCAGAUCAAUCGGAUCUACCGGCAGGGACCCACGGGCAUCCACGUGUUGGUGAGCAAUGAGAUGGUGCAAAACUUCCAAGACGAAUCCUGUUUUGUUAUCAGUACAUUGAAAGCUGAAAGCAAUGAUGGCUACCACAUCAUUUUAAAAUGACCGUGCUGCUCAGAGAGACUUUAACGGCCUAAAACUUAGUGCCUCACUGAGAUUGCUACAACCUAGACUGGAAACACAAAGAACCUUCUGGGUAAAUGCUCCUGUGAACGAAGAAUUCCCAAACGGCUUAAGAAAAAAAUUGCUUUUACAGAUAGAAAUUUUUGGUGGUGUGUGAUUUUGGUGGGUUUGGUUUUUUUGUUUGAUUUUUGUUUUGGUUCUUUUUUUUUUUUAAGCUGGAGCACAUCCUCAAAGCUUGUACAUGUUUUUUCCUCCCUCCCUUCCUCUUCAGUCUUGAAAAUUGUAGAGGUUUCUGCUUAUUACUUAGAAACAUCUGCCUUGUACUAAAGGGAAAUGAAAGAUAAACAAAUCCCAAUUUUCUUCACCCCUCAUGUUCAGGUGAAUUGAUUUACUUACUUCUGAGUGCUCUCUUGCUUUCAACACACACCCUGAUGCUGAUGGAUGUGGACUCCCCAGGGCUCCUCUUGUACUCUUUGAGGUGGAAGGCUUGGGGCUACCUCCCAAAGCAGAUUGGGCAAUGCAGAGGGUGGGUUUGGUGCCCAGCCUUCACCCAAAGUGUCAGCUCUGAAGGCCCACACUUAGCUGUUCUCCACCUGCAGAUGUGCUCAAAGUCCAGAGACCCUGGUCCCUCCUGACAGACCUUCUGUAGUACCAGUCCAGCAGAACAGUUCUGAGGGGGUUCAAGGGAGGACAGACAACUUGUGGUGAGCAGUUCAGUACCAUAUUAUUAUGUGUAGCUUAAGAGUAGUCUCCUUGAAUGGAGCAUAUGAAGGUUUUCUAGGAACUGUUUUGAGCAUUGGAAGCUAUAGUGCUCAUGACAAAUUCAUACUGUGGAUUUAUUCUGCUCUACAAAUUAGUGAUUAACUGCUAUCUUUACUGUAACUGGGAAUUAGAAGUUAUAAUCUUAAUGGAUUUUCAUCCUGUUACUGGAGUAAAACUGUUUUGAUCAAGACCAGUUAACAGAUCAUCUUAGUUGCUGCUUCUUACAUUCUUGCUCUUUCACUUUUGACUCCUGUUUCCUGUAUCUGUAAGUAUGAUCAGCUCCAACCUCCCUUGGUCUUUUGGGACUCUUUCCAGACUCCAUUAAGCUAAAAAGGUGCCUUCCACUGAAGUCAAAGGCAAACUGGAUCACACCUUUCUUGCAUGGAUGAAAUCAUUUCACUUCUGACAGCUAAAUAAUAUGGCUGUUUCCCCAAACUGAGUGUCCAUGCACCAUCAAAAUCUGAUUCUUGAACAUUUGAUUUCAUCCUGAACUGUCAUGGAAAGCUGAAAUACCAAACAUUUUCCUGGAAAGGAAAUUUUUCAAAAAAUGAGACGUUGUCAGCUGGAAAACACUGAAUAAAAUGUUCCAGCCUUUUGAAAUGGAAACAUUUAAUUAAAUCCAUUUGGCCCUUAAAGCAGCAUCAGUUUGAGCUACUGUUGCAGCCCUCAGAAAUUGUCAUUCAAGUGCCUUGCGCGCCAUGUCUCCCUUGGGGCUGAGCUCUUUGGCUGAAUUACAGAUCCCAUGAUGCUCCUACCCUGGGUUAGUCAAACAGGGAAUGCGUCAUGAGGGCUGGAGAGGUGCCCAGGGAAAGAGGGGGCCGUGGAGCCCUUGAAUUACAGCUCCCAGCUGACACCGGAGGAAUUCGGACAGACACGGACUGAUAUUUCUCUGACAAAAGUUAUGUGUUUCAAGUUUUCCCAACAGAAAUAAACAGCAAAAUAUUGAGAAAAGCAACCUUUUUUUCAUUAAAGCAUCAAGUUUUGCGCAAAAAACCCCCACCCAUCUCCACUGAUUUUUUUUUUUUUCACUGAAAAUAAUACUAGAAUAGAAAACUUGUGUUACAAUGGGAAAACCUUGAGCCAACUCAGCUAAUUGAGCAGCAAUGUCUACUUAGGCACGAUCUUGCUCAACUGACUGUCCUGGAUGCUCUAUGAAUUGUAGGCAUGCAAAAAGGAUGUCUAGGCUUUGGGACGUGGUGGUUCCCCCUUCUGAAAUGAAGGAAUUGAGGCUUCUUGGUUGAGAACCAAGCUGUGUAGGUGAGGAGGAGCUCCUGGUCAUGGAAUCCAGGUUGUGGCCAUGCACAGCUGCCUUGCAAAACAGUGAAUUAAUUCCAGAUGCCUUUGUGAGCACGUGGGACCAGUGUGUCCUUGUGUACCAGGAGCUGCUUGCUUUAUUUUCUAGAAGGUGCUUUGGAAGAAGUAUGUUUGCUGUGGUUUUUCAUCCUGCUGUGUAAUAUUGGCCCAGUGCAUGGUGUGGCUGUCAUUGGCACAUAGCUCAGGUGAAUCUGACCUCAUUGGAAGGUUCUAAGUAGACCUUGAAGUUUCCAGGAGUGUAGCCUGUAUCACAUCAUAUCCACUUGGAUGUGAUAGCCCUGUAACUGAUGGGACACAGCAAUACUGAUACACAGUAGAGUGAAGAAAGCAUAGAGAUGGCUUUGCUGCCAGAGUUAGGGACUGAGAACUGUUUGCUUGUUAUAAAAUGUCUUAACUUCUUGAUUCUUUUAAAAACCAGCUCUUGCCCAUAAGGAAUUAUAUUCCAAAGUCCUCAUAGUGUUUCAAUAGCAUUAAUUUUGAGUUACUUCAGUGUAGAAUCAUAGAUUGUCUUGAGUUGAAGGGGACUGUGAAGGGUCACAGAGUCCAGUGCCCUGGUCCUUACAGGAGUACCUAAAACUGAUCCAUGUGACUAUGAGUGUUGUCCAGAGCAGCCCGGGUGCUCCUUGAACUCUGGCAGGCUUGGUGCCAUGAGCAGGGGCAAGGGAAGUCCCUGGGCAGCGUGUCCCAGUGACCAACCACCCUCCCAGAGAGAACCUUUCUCCAGUGUCCAGUCUGAAUUGCCCUGAUUCAGCUUCACUCCAUUCCCUCCCUUCUGCUGCUGGUCACCAGAGAGGGGAGAUCAGCACCUCCACUGCUGCCCUUGAGGAAGGUGCAGAGAGAGAAGAAAGACUUGUCUCACCUGUGUGUCAGGUAAUCCCUGACUCUCCUUGGAUCUGCCAUCCCUAGAGGGACUUGUUUGACCCGUUUGUGGAAGUGACAGCCUCCAGAAGGGAACUUUUGUUUCCUCAAGAGUGGAGGAAGCACAAAUGUUGAGUCUGGGAUGGUGUUGCUCUAGGACAGGAAACAGCACCACGUGAACACGCUGCCGUUCUCAAGGUAGAAAAGGGAAGUUUAUUUUCUGACUCUAACAUUUAUAGAUUUCUAAAGGUGACAGUGGAUUGGAGGGUGAAAGUGACACUUCUCCAAUGACACUGGGCAAACCAACAGUUUCAUCAAAUUUCUCAUCCUCUAUAAAAGAAUGCAAAACAAUAAGUUGUUUACAGAAAGUGUGUGAGAAAGUUUGCUACAAGAAUGCAAGCAGCAGAAGGCUUAGAAAAUCUUAAAAAAUCAGGGUGACAUGAUAGAUAUCUAAAUUCUAGACAGACUAAAGGCAAGGGAGGUGAGCAGCUCCCACUCAUCUAAAUAGCUUUAGUUUUUUAUUAAGUGCCUGUUACACUUAUUUUUACUCUUUUUUUAUUGUUGUUGCUUCUAUUUCUUUCUUAAAAAGUAAGAAAACCUACUCAAAAUUAUUUAACUGGAACUUUUUACAGCUAUGUGUGAAAUUUGUGCAGCAGAACUUUAUAAGGACUGAGUCUUAGGAUAACAGUGAGUAACAACAGUUUCUCAAGCUGUCCACUCUUGAGUUGUAUGUAUGAUGACAGCCACUAUGAGUAAAAGUGGGCUUGCUGGGGAUGAAAAGGCAGAAUCAUGAUGUGAUUAAUACCAAUGUGACUCUAGCCAGUACUGCAAAGUAUAAACUUGCAUUCUUGUCAGAUCUGUACUGUCUGUUUGAAAUUUCAUAAAUUGUGGCAUUUUCUCUAUCAACUGAGUAAAAUGAUAGAGAUCAAUUAAUAUGACUAUGGUAAUGUCUGGAAAACUCACAGUAAUGCCUAUGAUACACAACUGCAGGGUAGGGAGAGGGCAAACGAUCUGGUGAUAAAAUCUUGGCCAUCUGAUUGAGGUGGCAGGACUGGUGCUACUAAAAUUAAAGCUCCUGUUCUUUCUGCUGGCCCCGCAUGGUUAAUUGGCUAAAAUAGAAAUAAUCAUUCAAUAUGGAAAAUACUGGAGUUCUCAUUGUCUUAGUGUGAAAUUGAAUGGGCUGAAGUUUCAAGACUCAGAGGUGGUAAGAGGAUUCUUGCAUUUGAGAAGCCCUGAAUGGCACUCUCCUUAUAAUGUAACAUAUACAUAUAUAUGCAUAUAUAUAUACAUAUAUAUCCACAUACAUACUGUACUGUAUCAACACAUAUUUGUGCUGAGUACAUGUGUUCUUUGGCUUUAACUGGUACUCUGCUUUGUUUAGUUGCAGUUCAAUGUAAAAGACUCUGGUUGAUCAAGCUUCAAAACCCAGCCAUUCCUUGGGUAGAAAUGUAAAAGUCCAUAGUAGCAACUAGGUGAUUUGGACAUGGUACACUUGGAGUGAUGUAAGUCUGAUGAAUUUCUGCGAUACAAAUCCCAGGCCGUGGUGAAGAUGAGCAUAUUCUUUCACUAACACUGCAGUUCUACAUUGCAGCUUCUGAAAAUUAGUUAGAGCAACAGAGAAAUAGAUUGCCCAGUGCUUUGUGAACUAGUAAGGCUACUCCAUAAGCAGAACAACCAUACGAUGACUUUUCCUAGCUCAGUGUUGUAUUGCUUAAGCAUUGACUGUAAUUCUAACAAUCAUCUGGUGGAUGACUCAAACAGGUGUUUUUGUCUCUUAUCUGUUGGGAUUUUUUUUUACUUCUCAAAGAAAUGCUUAUAUUCAGACUGUAGCUUCUCUUUCUCCUCCAGUUAUGAAAUGGUUUAACUUUAUGCUAGUAAUAGAAAUAUUUUCAUUAGAUUAUAAUCUGUUUGACAGCACAGGGUACUCAGAGUGGGGAGUGUUUGGCUUUGAUCAUCACUACUGUGGGUGAAUAUGAGAAGGCAGACUGGAGGUCUAACGUCCUUGGCUCUCUCUAACAAAUGGGUUAAGCUAGUGCCUAUUUUUUUGUGCAUUUUUGAUUUGUACCUUUUUUUUUCCAUUCCCUCAAAAUUCUGCUCCCUGGUGGGGGAUGCAUUGGUGACCAGAUGGUGUGCUCAACUUUUCAAAGUAGCCUGCUGUCCCGGUUUGCUUGGGGUGAGUGUUUAUCUUUCAAAGGGGAGUUUCUCUCUUCACUGGCAAUGCAGCUGUUAGAGGCAGGCAUGCUGGCCACAAAGUUGGCAUGAUGGGCAAGGGCGAGUGGAGGUGGGUCGAUGGGAGGCUGAGGAGUACCAGUUGUGAGUAAAUACUGCCACACUCUUCGUCUUUUCGUUUGUUGGUUUUGGGGGUUUUUUUUGUACAUGAAUAAAUAAAAAAAAAAGCAUAUUUUGCACUGGCUCUUGUACUGUUGUGCAGAAGAAAUCUGUAUCUAGAAUCUGUGCUCCAGUCAAAAUGCAAAUAAAUCUGUUUGUAAGAAGCA